AUGGCACGUUUGGGAAGGGAGGCCACACAAGAUGACUUCCUUUACGAUGAUCGUUGGACCAAAGAGGUGGACAACCUGUUCAUAGACCUCCUUGUAGAGGCACAUUUUGGUCUUGAAUGGAGGCAUGGCAGACCAGGUUCGCAUGUAUUCGCCUACUGCCGUGGUGUAUUGCUAGCAGAUCUCGGGGCAAACUUCACGGUCAGUGAAGUCGAGGAAAGGUUCGAUUUCCUUCACAAGCGUUUUCGAGUCUUUAUUUGGAUGCUACGAAAACAUGGAUUGCAUCACUGCGUCCAAUCCAACGUCCUCACGGCUCCGGUAGCAGUGGACCCGCGUUGGCCGGACAUACGAUACUUGUUCACUGAGGUCUACGAAGCCAGCGCAAAUCCACCGGAUGUGUUGGACCAAAAUUCGACGAAUGCAAAUUAUGUAGCAGCCUUGUACGAACAGUCGUACGUGUUUGAGCUGAGUUCCCUUACCAAUGACCCACUUCUAAAUGGUUCAAUUGGAACCAACAUUCACCAACCAAGAUGUGCCCGAGAACGUCAGGAUUCAUCCGAAGGCUCAGUCAACACCCACACCCAUGUGAGCAAUCAAAGGCGGGGGAGCCGCACACCAAUGCGCAUUCCCCGACCACCACGUAAGUCGGCCCCAUCUUCAUGCAAAGGAUCUUCCAGUGACCCACCUACCUAG